AGAAAUGGGCGGGGUCUGAUGAGCUCCCAGUCCCAGUGUCCGUCUCUGGAAUCAAAGCAUUCGGAAAGCGGCGAGCGGCUGCGUGUCUGUCGGGAUUCCCACCCUGGCGUUAGCUGGCAGAUGGCGAGCUCGAGGGAGGCACGGAGGACGGCGCUAUAUGACCGCUCUCAGUGCCCGCUGUGGCUCUUGAAAUGAGCUGAACCCUGUGAUGUGUGCCAGCGCCCUCUUUGACCAAGACCAGCAGUGAAGGCCGGUCAGCACUUAUAGUGACUUUUACUUUUUUUGGACCCUGCAGACUCUCAAAUUUUGUUUCUUUCCCCCCUGUGAGUUUUAAGUCUUGCUGCCCAGCAUGGAGUCGGAUGCCCUCUCUCAGGAGUCUAAAGCCGAGCGCAUUGCCAGGUAUAAAGCCGAGCGGCGCCGGGAGCUGGCAGAGAGGUACAGCCACACCGAGGAGUUCACUUCAAAGUAUGUCAGGCAAGAUAAAAGCCACGAAGGGGUGGCAGUCGAGUGCCAGCAAGCCACCUUGGAGGAGAGCCAGAGGCAGGCGGGCAUGGGCAAAGAGGAGAGACAGCUACCUACUGGCCAGGAUACCAAUGGCAACUAUGAUGGCUUCUCGGGUAAGCAGAGUGAGGAAGUGUGCCCUCUGCUGACCUUAAAUGGCAAAGAACAGACUGCAGUUGGCACACCGCUGGUGUCUAGGCCUGGCAUGCCACGGGCACAGGACGACUCUGCCCUCUGCACCCACAGAGCCGCUCGCCCAGCCACGGUGCAUACCCGGGUGUCGGUGGAGCAGCUGCGGACGUCCCUGCUGUUGAAUUCCAGCGGUCAGAAGGAUAAGGAGCCUGACUUUGAUGGCAGCCAGACGAACAGCUCAUGUGACGUGCCCAGGCCAGGCGGUCGCCACCGUACCAGGCGCUGUGGCCCCUUGGCAGUCAACAGGAAGACGAGCGAGCGCUUCAGGACCCAGCCGGUCACUGCCUUGGAGCGGUGGGAGAUGAACGGGUCUGCAGAAGCUGAGAAGGAGGAGAAGCCUGCAGCUGAUGUGAAAAUGGAUGACCGGUCCAAACUCAGUGUGGCGGCCAAGAUGUCGCUCUUUAAGGAGUUCGAGAAGACUGCGUCCCCAGAAGCCACAGCUGCCUUCCUGAAGCCCCGCCCAGGAUCUGCUGCCUCAGAACGCAGGAGUCGCCGUGCCAACGAUCGCUCACGCACUCAGCCAAUCACGGUGGAGGAGAAGGUGGAGGCUGGCAGCUUUCCAAAUCUCAAUCCGUGUGGCACAUCGCAGGCGGGCAGCGGGCAGCCAGACACAGAAGAAGAUGAAAGCUCGAGGCUGAGUCUCGGCGAGAAGUUGGAUCUCUUCAACAGCAUGGUGAAGCCGGAGGGCGGACCCCCGAUAGAUUUGCGACGCCGGAUGAAGGGGACGCGCUAUCACACGCAGCCCAUCACCGUCCACGAAGUCCAGCAGCUCCAGGACACUUGCCUGAUGAGGAAAGUGCAGGUGUAUCCUGCCACUGUGAGCCACGGACUGGCAGUGGAACCAAUGUGCGAGCCUCACCCCAACCCAGUGACGCCCAGCUGGGACUCCGAAUCUCACGAACUGAAAGGAAUCCUGAAAAAAAGGACAGUGAGUUUGAGUCAGGAGGCCUCCUCAGAGGACAUGCCCGCCGGUGACGCCGCAGUGCCCGGCUCGGCCUGGGAGAGUCAAGAAGCCGAUGGUGAGGUGGGCAGCUUAGUGCCCUGCAAGCGCUACAGAGAGCAGAGGCCAAGUGACGAACCUGAUGGCUGUGCUUUGAGUCUGGCGGAUACCCACAGUGACCACCUAGCAAGGGAAGAGCCCAAGACUUCUGCCCCCUGGAGGCAGAACAGGGACAAAAUCACUCAGCCAGAGUUGACCAGUUCACCUGAACCCACCUGUCACCACCAGCCUGAGGACCUGCCUGCCAGCCGCAUGUGCCACUCGCCAUCUACCUGCAGUCCAACUGAGGGAGACGAACUCAGCUUGAGCCAGGGGGCAUCGUUUCAGUCCAGGUUGGCACAGCUGAAAUCGUCCGAGGGGGAGCAGCAGAGCAAGGCGGGCAGCUGGCGCAGCGAUGUGGUGCAGGUCUCCCUGGCCGAGCGUUACAGCCAGCUGCAGGAUGCCGAGGGCGCCUGGAAGAAGAAGACCACCUUAUCCUAUGAAGUUCAAGAAGUUUCCUUUGGUCAGAACAGCACCUGGCCAACCUGGAGGCAAAAGAAAGCGGCGUCUGAGGUCGAGACAAAGAUGACGCUGGCCCAGAGGAUGCAGAGCCUCCAGGAGAGAGAGGAGCAGUGGAAGUCCAAAGGAAAGGGGGCCGCCAAUGAUUCGACGCAGUUCACUGUGGCCGGGCGCAUGGCCAGGAAAGGUUUGGUUUCUCCCGUCUCUGCCCAAGACACCCCACCGACUUUCCACUGUCGAAAAACUCCAGCUGGGACACCAGUUAAGCCUCUAGAAGAGAUUUCCAGUAAGCCUGACUCACAGGUGGAAGGUGACAAGAGACUGGACAAGCUGGAGUCGUUCCUGGACAAGCUGCAGAAUAAAGGUGCAGCAUUCCAAGAGACCUCCAUCACCGUGACCACAGAGAGCGUACGAGAAGUAAUGAAGGUGGACGACGACGAGACGUUCAGCAAGUUUUACAGAGGGGUCUCCUCCACCACCUCCUCCUCCACCACUGUGAUGUCUGACGCUGUGCCAGCGGUGCAGGGAGACUUCAACACCAUCUUGGAGUCGGGCACUCCGAAGCUCACGUCCUCUGUGGCUGAACACAAACGGGCCGUGAGGCCGACCCGGAAAACCCAGGCAUCCCGUAACCCUCUGAAGGCCCUGGCCGCCAGGGAUGACAUCCGGCAGGAUUACAUAGAGCAGCGGCUCAACGUGGCCGUCGUGGAAGCCAAGAGGAUUCAGGUGGAGAGAAUGGCCAAACACUCUCGCUACGCAGACGUGGCCUUGGCGGGCCUGGCGAGCAAAGAGAACUUCCGAAACGUCAAUCUGCGCAACGUCAAGUCCACCGAGCAGGUCUCCAACAAUAGCCGGUUGCCAUAUAGUAAGCUGAUGCUGAUUCAAGUUAAAGGUCGCCGGCACGUGCAGAGCAGGCUGGUGGAGCCCACGGCUGAGUCCCUCAAUAGCGGCGACUGCUUCCUCCUGCUCACACCCCAGCACUGCUUCCUCUGGGUGGGAGAGUUUGCCAACGUCAUCGAAAAGGCCAAGGCUUCAGAGUUGGCAUCAUUCAUCCAGAACAAGAGAGAUCUCGGCUGCAAAGCUGCCCAAGUCACUGUUCUUGAAGAGGGAGUCAACACCGACAACAACCGUGCCCGUGACUUCUGGAAUCUGCUUGGUGGAAAGAAAAUGUACCAUGCUGCGGGUGAGCCUGAGGAAGACGAGCUGUACGAGAGUGCCAUGGUGGAGUCCAACUGUGUGUACAGCCUGAUGGAUGGCAAGCUGGUGCCUCAUGAGAAAGCCUGGGCAUCCAUUCCCAGUGUGUCUAUGCUCGGCUCCAAAGAGGUGCUGGUGUUCGACUUUGGCAGCGAGGUCUACGUGUGGCACGGAAAGGAAGUUUCUCUGAGUGACAGAAAGCUGGCAGUUCAGCUUGGACAGCAGCUCUGGGGCGGGCCGUACGACUACAGCGGAUGCCGUGCCAACCCACUAGGGUCUGGUGGACGUUCAGAUGUGACGCCACAGGAGGGUGAAGCCCGGCCGGAGUGGACUAUUUUUGGGCGCCUGUCGGAGCACAACGAGACGGCCUUAUUUAAGGAGAAGUUCCUCGACUGGAGUGAAGCCAAGGCGGUCAAGGAGGAGCCGGCGGUGGAAAGCAAGAGUCUUGCGGUGUCCACCUCCGAGGCGGAGCUGAAGCCGUUCGAUGCCAAGGAGAUGAUCGCACCUUGUGACGCCCCCACCAAGAUGGUCCUGGAAGGCCUGAAUGUGCAGAGGGGCUACGGCCUCAUCGAGGUGGAAGACAGGAGGCAGGCGGAGCUGCGCACGGUGGACAUCGACGUCUGGCACAUUCGGGAGUUCGACUCUGCCGAGAUCCCCCGAGCGAGUGUGGGACAGUUCCACGAGGGUGACACCUACGUGAUCAAGUGGACCUACACCGUCACGUGUCUGGUUGGGAAGCGUCAGAAACCGGAGCAGCUGAGCACCAGUGGGCCUGGUAAAGAGAAGUGUGCCCAUUUCUUCUGGCAAGGACAGCACUCCUCUGUUAGCGGGAAGGGCACCUCGGCGCUGACUACGGUGGAGCUUGGCAAACAUCGAGGAGCUCAGGUGCUGGUGUCACAGGGCAAAGAGCCGCCAUGCUUCCUUCAGCUCUUCCAAGGAGGACUGGUCAUCCACAGCGGGUGUCGGGAGCGCGAGAGCACAAAUAGCCAAGGUCACCUGGACACCUGGCGUCUGUUUUGUGUCAGAGGCGAAGUUCCCGCGGAGGGUAGCUUGUUGGAGGUGGCAUGUGCCAGCUGCAGCCUGCGUUCCAGAGUCUCCCUCGUUCUUCUUAAUGCACACCAUGGCACCAUCUACCUCUGGCAUGGAUGCAAGUCCCAGAAAGCCGUUAGAGAUGUGGGCAAGGUGGCGGCUGAGUGCAUCAGGCAGUCGUGCCCACCCGAGUUGGGACUCCAGAGUGGCAGCGAGGUGACCACCCAGGAGAUUGAGGAGGGGGCCGAACCCAAGGAAUUCUGGGAAGCGCUGGGGGGUCGGAGCCGAAAAACCUAUGACUGCAUGUUACAGGACCCCGGGAAAUACAACUUCACGCCUCGUCUGUUCCACCUGAGCGCCGCUUCCGGAGAGUUCACCGCCGAGGAGCACCUCUCUGCCGCCAUGGUGCCCGAUGUAGUGGUCGCCAUGCCAUUUCUUCAAGAGAACCUGUACUCUGUGCCUCAGCCAGCACUCUUUCUGCUCGAUAACCGAAUGGAGGUGUACCUGUGGCAGGGCCAGGCAGCGGGCGAUACCGACAGCACCGGCUCGGCACAGAUCCGCUGGGACCUGGAGAGGAAGUGUGCCAUGGAGACCGCCCUGCACUACUGCCAAGAAAAGAAUCCCAAACGCCCACCCAAAGCCUACCUGAUCCACGCUGGCGCUGAGCCGCUCACCUUCACCAACAUCUUUCCUCGCUGGGAAGUCCAAGCCACAACUCUCAGUCAGGCAGAAGCGCAGAGCAGCAAAGUGAUCCUGGUGCAGGAUGCCCUCGCCAGGCUGUGCAAGACACAGUACUCCAUGGAAGAGGUGCUGGCGAGGCCGCUGCCUGAGGGCGUCGACCCCCUUAAGCUGGAGGUCUACCUGUCGGAUGAAGACUUUCAGAGGGUCUUGGAGAUGAAGAAGGACGAGUUCAACGCCCUGCCAGCCUGGAAACAGCUGAACCUGAAGAAGAGCAAAGGCCUCUUUUAAGGUGCCCUGGACAGCCACUCUGAUGCGGGGGUCCGCUCGCCCUCAAACUGCAGCUCUCCAGAUGGGGGGAGCCGGGUGGGCACCUCGCCAUUCUCAUGUCUCGACUUUGGUUUGUAGCAGCAGGGGGGCUUUUCUCUUUGACUCUUUCAAUGCGCUCAUCACUGCCAUUGGACGCCUGCCAUUCCUGCCCACAGGGACCCCCAAGACUGACAGGGCCAGCUGCUUUACAGGACGAUGGGGACAUUUAAGUGACAGUCAAUGAAUGGCGAGCUGCCAGCACUGGUGGAGCAGAUGCCAAACGGUGGGCCUGGUGGUCUUCCUAAGGGGGGGGGCGCCCGGCUGUGCUGCCCCUCGGACAUUUCAUUCCUUCAUUUGUCACCCUUUUCAUUUGCCC